UUUGUUCUCACCGUGCCCGUGUUUCCCAGACGUGAUAAAGAGAAGACUCGAGUGUCUCUCUAGCUAACUGGAAGCUCGACCAUGGCAACACCUCGAAUGAUAGACAUAGCCGUGAACUUCACAGAUGGCAUGUUCAAGGGUUUAUACCAUGGGAAACAAUGCCACAAGCCGGAUAUUGCAGCAGUUUUGAGCAGGGCUUGGAGUGCUGGGGUUGAUAGAAUCAUUGUCACUGGUGGGUCACUUGAGGAAUCAAAGGAAGCUCUUGCCAUUGCAGCAACAGAUGCAAGGCUUUUCUGUACCGUUGGUGUGCACCCAACAAGAUGCAAAGAAUUUGACGAGAGUGGGGAUCCAGAAAAGCAUUUUCAGGAACUUCUGUCGUUGGCUAAAAAGGGUGCAGAGAAAGGGAAGGUUGUUGCAAUUGGUGAAUGUGGAUUGGACUAUGACAGACUUCACUUUUGCCCAUCUGAUCUUCAAAAGAAAUAUUUUGAGAAGCAGUUUGAAUUAGCAUAUCUCACGAAGCUCCCGAUGUUUCUUCAUAUGCGAGCAGCAGCCGAAGAUUUCUGCAACAUUCUUGAGCGUAAUAAAGACAGGUUCAGUGCUGGGGUUGUCCAUUCAUUCACUGGCAGUGCAGAAGACUGUAACAAGGUUCUCUCAUUCAGUACCCUGUUCAUAGGUAUAAAUGGCUGCUCUCUAAAGACCCCUGAGAACCUUGAAGUUGUAAAAUGCAUUCCUGUUGAGAGAAUGAUGAUUGAGACAGAUUCUCCAUACUGUGAAAUCAAGAACACUCAUGCCGGGGGUCAUUUUGUUAAAUCUUUGUGGCCUUCUAAGAAGAAAGAAAAGUACGAUCAAGACUGCAUUGUUAAAGGUCGCAACGAGCCUUGUUUAGUACGGCAAGUCCUUGAGGUGGUUGCUGGUUGUAGAGGUAUUGCUGACAUGGAUCAGCUGAGCAAGACCUUGUAUCACAAUACAUGCAGGGUUUUCUUUCCUCAUGACUUGGACUCUGCGGCAGAUGCUAUUCUUUCUGGUGGUCACGGUACCGAGUGAAAGCAUGCACCUCGCUGGUGAAAGAACUUUUCUUUUUGGGUCACAUUUUUUUAUGUUCUCCUUGUUUUUGAGUAAGAAAAGGAGUCACAAUUUUAUUCUUCUUAAUGUGAUACAUGGCAUAGAAAAUGAAAUUAUAUUCGCGGAUAUGAAACUUCAAGCUGUUUUGGAAAUGGGAACUGUUGUAAGUUGAUUUUUCAGGUAAGUGAUCAGUUUUGGAAA